GAUUCGGCUUCGGGUGCACUGAGGCUCGGGGAGGGAGAGAGUUUUUCUUCUUUUGCCAUCACUUUAUCUUUAAUUAUUUAUUUGCCCCCACCCCCUUCACUCUAUCGUGGGUAGUUGUUUAAGACCCUCACUUUUUCCCUUUACUCCUAACCCUUCCCCUUUCUAUCGUUUUUGAGCUCCCCGUUGAUUUGUGUUUCUCUUGGUAGUGUAGGGGGGUUGCCCCCCAGCUGAUUUCCCCCUAGCCUGGUGGCAGGGCAGGGGGCAUAGAGAGAAGAUGUGGCGGUGACAGUCUCUACCACCUCCCCUGAGACAAGAGGAGGAAGAAAGGAAGAAGAAAGGAGGAGGAGCGGCCCUGCAGCAGCUACAGAGCUUUAAAGAAUUACCAUUGAUUGAAACAAAGGAAAAUACAAAAAAAAACAAAAGAAACUGGAGAAAGGAGGAUGGAGCUGCAGACUUUACAGGAGGCCCUAAAAGUGGAAAUUCAGGUUCACCAGAAACUUGUUGCUCAGAUGAAGCAAGACCCACAGAACGCAGAUUUAAAGAAACAGCUUCAUGAACUCCAAGCCAAAAUCACGUCACUGAGUGAAAAACAGAAACUUGUUGUGGAACAACUUCGAAAGAAUCUCAUAAUUAAACAGGAACUCCCAGACAAUAAGAUUCUCAUCCAGCCUCUGCUACAACUAGAAAGCAAACCACCAACAUCACAAGUGCAGCAGCAGACUCAGCAUAUACAGCUGCAACAACUCCAACCACAGCACGUUUCACAGGCAUCUGCAAUGCCUCUUCCAGGCCUGAGUGGGUCACCGAAAACUAUGGCCACAGCCUCUAUGAUCACUGCAAAGACUCUACCUCUUGUGUUGAAAGCUGCAGCUGCAUCCAUGCCCACUUCAGUCAUUGGGCAGCGACCAACAAUUGCCAUGGUUACUGCCAUCAACAGUCAGAAAGCAGUAAUUAGCUCAGAUGGCCAGAGUGCUGCAGUCAAUCUUCAAACAUCCACUAAAGCUGGCAGUCAAGGAGGGGAGACCUUUCAGAUUGUGGCAAAAAAUGCUGUUACUUUGGUUCAGGCAACAACUUCUCAGCACAUUAAAGUUCCACAGUUCAUCCCACCUCCGCGACUCACUCCCCGUCCAACGUUUCUUCCACAAGUGCGGCCAAAGCCAGCAGCACAAAAUAACAUUCCUAUUGCUCCUGCACCUCCCCCCAUGCUGGCAGCUCCACAGCUCAUUCAACGGCCUGUCAUGUUAACCACAAAACUCACACCUACAUCACAAAACUCUAUCCAUCCUGUACGCAUUGUUAAUGGACAGCCAACAGCCAUCUCGAAAGCCUUUACCACUGCACAGGUCACCGGUUUUGUGAUUACUGCUCCAAGGUUGGCGACUCCACAGACUCUGCAGCUUCCAAAACCAAAUGUGGAAAAGCAGACAAUUAAAACUCAGGUGGAAACCUCAGAGAAGCCAGCUGAAAAUAAUACGUCACCAACCACUCCUAAGCCAAAACGAGAAGAAAACCCACAGAAACUUGCCUUUAUGGUGUCACUAGGAUUGGUAACGCAUGAUCAUUUAGAAGAAAUUCAAAGUAAACGACAAGAACGGAAAAGAAGAACAACAGCCAAUCCAGUAUACAGUGGGGCCGUGUUUGAACCUGAGCGUAAAAAAAGUGCAGUGACAUACCUAAACAGCACAAUGCCUCCAGGAACACGUAAACGAGGUCGUCCUCCCAAAUACAACACGGUGCUGGCUUUGGGCGCUCUGCCACCCUCCUCCCCUCAAUCCAGUCAACCUGACCCCCUUGAAAGUGAAAAGACUCAGACUACAUAUAGUUUCCCUGCAAGUUUCCUGCCUGUGUCCCUGCCCAGUCCUUUUUCCACAGACGCUGAUAUCCAUGAGGAUUUUUGCAGCGUUUGCAGAAAGAGCGGGCAGUUACUGAUGUGCGACACAUGUUCACGUGUAUACCACCUGGACUGUUUGGAGCCUCCUCUGAAAUCCAUUCCCAAAGGCAUGUGGAUCUGUCCAAAAUGUCAUGACCAGAUGUUAAAGAAAGAAGAAGCUAUCCCCUGGCCUGGUACAUUAGCCAUUGUUCACUCGUAUAUAGCAUAUAAAGCAGCCAAGAAAGAAGAAAAACAGAAAUUGCUAAAAUGGAGCACGGAUCUGAAACAGGAACGAGAGCAGCUAGAGCAGAAAGUUAAGCAGCUAAGCAGCUCGAUAACAAAAUGCAUGGAAAUGAAGAAUAGCAUCCUAUCAAGACAAAAAGACAUGCACAGCUCUUUGGACAAGGUGAAACGCCUUAUCAGGCUCAUUCAGGGCAUCGACCUCACAAAACCUGUGAAUUUAGAGGUAACUUCUAACAAUCACAGCCAGGACUGCACUACUACUGCCAACAGCCCACCUCCCUCUCCCGUCACAGCCUCAUUCCCUUCACCCAUCUGUGUCCAGAACUGCAAUCAGGCGGAAGAGACUAAGUAACCAGCCAUUUGGGAGAGAGGGCAAAGGUGAAAAGACGAGCAACGUCUAAAUGGCUUCUGGGAGAGACUGGAGCAGAACCUUCCCAGGACUAGGACGUAAGCACUGGAGUUUUGCCAAUCAACUUUUUUUUGUGUGUUCCAAGUGUGAGCUGGGGUGUUUUGCCAGCACCAUGCCAAGUGCGAAAUAGAAACAAGUCUCUAACUUUACUCUCUUUCUAUCUUACACCAGUGUGUGCCUGCAGCAACCUCCACAACAACCAUAGAUAUCUCUCCUGUUAUUUUUUUAUUUUAUUACUUUUCAACUUUUUGUUAAAAUGGGGUAGAGGAUGGAGUGUAUUUUUAGAUUGCUCAUACUUUUACAAACCUUAAGUGGAGGUACAAAGGGGGCAUACAUACUAAGUCCAAAGACUAGGAAGAUUCCCCUCUCUGCAAAACUUAAUCAUGAACCAAAAAAAAAAUGAAAAUGGUAAACUAUUGAAUUUGUGUACCCAACCAACCAGAAAGGGGGGGCUAUUAUAUCAGUAUUUGAGGAUGAAUCAGUUUUUUUGUUUUUUGUCUCACUUUGCAUUGUCCAUUGAGAAUCAGGAAAGGAAAGAUACCAGCUUCUCGAGCUGAAAAUAAAUUGAGUAUUCCAUGACCAUUGUUAACUGUGAAAGUCUAAUUAAGAAUGCAAAAGAGUAUUACAAAAGUAUUUUUGA